AUGGAGAAGCCGGCGGCGGAUACUCCCCGCCGCGGCUCGGUUGUCGGCUCGACACAUGACGACGGGGACAGCGACCUAGUCGUGAACGCGCUCGACCGCGUCAUGUGCCGGCAUUCACAGGCAGCAACACCAACACAUCCAGACCCCGGCCCUAACCCGGACGGCGGGUUCGACGCGUGGAUGGUAGUGUUCUCCGCCGCGUUGGUCACGACGUGCCUCUUCGGCUUCGUGACCUCCUUCGGCCAGCUGCAGCUCUACUACCUGACGCACCAGCUGGCGGGCUACUCCAAAUCGACCGUGGCGUGGAUCAGCACGAUCCAAGGCUCGCUCGUCUUCACGCCGUCCAUCAUCUCGGGACGCGUGUUCGACGCGCACGGAGCCCGCAAGCUCGUCAUGGCGGGCAGCGUACUCUCCAUCGGCGCCCUGGUCGGCGUCGCCUUCUCCCACAAGUACUACCAGUUCCUCCUUGCCCACGCGCUGUUUGGCAUCGCAAGCUCCAUCCUCUGGGCGCCGGCCACGGCCGUCUCGGGCCAUUGGUUCACCAAGCACAGGAGUACGGCGAUCGGCAUCAUCGUAUGCGGUACCGGCCUCGGAAGCGUCAUCUACCCCAUCCUCCUCGUGCAUCUUUUCGAGAAGUUUUCCUUCCGCAACUCGAUCCUCAUCAUCGCAGCACUCAACACCGGCCUCCUCGCCCCCUCAUGGGUCUUCCUCAAGGCGCGCCACCCACCGCGCGCACCGGCACCGUGGCGCAAGCUCAAGGAGCCAUGGAAGGAGUUCAAGUACGCGUUCCUCGCCCUCGGGUCGUCCAUGUUCAUGAUGAACUGGAUGUCGCCCAUGUUCAACGCGCCCGUCGUCGCGGCGGCCAACCACAUCCCGCACAACAUCGCAGAGUACGCCAUUGCCAUCCUGUCCUCCGGCUCGUUCAUCGGCCGCCCCUUUGCCGGCUUGAUGGCCGACAAGCUCGGCGUGUGGAACGUCUUCGGAACCAUUUCGUUCAUCACCUCCAUCUGCCUGUUCGCGUUCUGGGUCGCGCCGAUGAACACGCCGGCGACGAUCGUCGGGUGGUUCAGCUAUGGCUGGCUGUCCGGUGCAUGGGUCACGCUCGUGGCUGCUGUCGUUGCGAGCAUCAGCCCCGCACAUGAGAUCGGCAUGCGCGUCGGCAUGGUGUGGUCGUGCUGCGGGCCGACGCUACUCGUCGGGCCGGUUAUCUGUGGAGUCCUUGUACAGGCAGGCAACAACACGUUCAAGUACGCUGGCAUCUUCUGCGGUUGCACCUUCCUCAUCGGCUCCAUCAUGGAGGUCGCGCCGAGGAUGUACGAGUUUGUCCGUGGCCGCGUUGGGCAGUCAAAAGAGGUGGACAGCAGCGCUGCGUGA